AUGUUUGAUUCUUUGUUCCAAGAGGCUCCUCGCAAACGCCAAAAGAUCAAUGGUGCUUCGCCACCAGCAUCAACACUUCCAGCUGAUAGUCUACCAACUCCGGCCACAUCGUCCAGUGAUACUGCGACGACAGAUGGACACAUCUCUCCCAGGCCCGCAGAACCCCACAUCACAAACGCACCUCUGAAAUCUCCAGAGACAGAUAAAGUAGUAACAGCCUACUCAACCUGGGACAACGACACUUCAGGCCCCACUCCCACCAGCACCACAAACACACUCCUAGACACCGCUCUAGCACACCUCAAACACCAUGACUAUACCGGCCGCUUGACACCCUACCUCUCCAAAUUCCACUGUAAAGUCUUUGACGCAGAAGGGUUAGCACAACCAAUCGACCCUUUUCGCUCUUUGGCUUCUGGAAUCAUUGCUCAACAAGUCUCUGGUGCUGCUGCUAGUAGCAUAAAAGCUAAAUUCAUAGCUUUAUUCCCUCCUUCCCAACAACACAACUAUACAGGUCCUCCUACCUUUCCUCCCCCGGCUUUGGUAGCCGAAAUGCCUAUUCCGACACUCAGAACUGCAGGCUUGAGUCAAAGAAAAGCAGAAUACAUCCAAGGACUAGCUCAACACUUUACCUCAGGAAAGCUGAGUGCAGAGAUGUUGGCAACAGCUUCCGACGAAGAAGUCAUGGAAAAACUUGUUGCAGUUAGGGGGUUGGGAAAGUGGAGUGUAGAGAUGUUUGCAUGUUUCGAUCUGAAAAGGCUCGAUGUGUUUUCUACAGGAGACCUGGGCGUACAACGUGGGUUAGCAGUAUACCUAGGCAAAGACGUCAACAAACUCAAAGCCAAAGGAGGAGGAAAGUGGAAGUACAUGGGGUCGGAAAAGGCUAUGCUCGAGGCCGCAGAGAGGUUCUCACCGUAUAGGAGUCUGUUCAUGUGGUACAUGUGGCGACUCAGCGACGUGGAUCUUUCAGCUCUCCAAGACGAUGACAAGGUCAUAUCAGAGACUUGA